CAGAAGGGCAGAGCAGACUUGGAGGGCAUCAAUCCUGCUCGCGCUCCUUUUCAUGUAUGAUGCGUGUACCCUUGGUUACCUUAGUAACUCUCCUCUCUCCAUCUCCAAUCGGCGCUCCCGAGUGAGCCAGUCUGGGACCGCGCUGCGCGCUCCCGCCAGAGCUCGUGUUGAGCCGGAGAGUGAAGGCAGAAGCAUCCAAACGCGCCACGAGCAGGAGGAGAGAAUCCCGCUGAAGAAGAAGAAGAAGAAGGAACAGAAGAAACAGAAGGAGAUGGGAGAGAUGUGUUGAAAUAAAAGCGGAGAGAGGAUACUAACAGCUGUUAUCGCUUCAAGGGAAGGUCAUUAAGGGAAACAGAAGCAGUGCGCAGACUGGACGGAUAUUUGGACAUACCCGCCUGCAAGUGAAGACCCCGCAACAGUGAAACAUUGUCCCGGCUUUUUUUUUACUCUCCCUAAAGCAAGGCAUGGGGGGAUUUACGUCUCGACAAGGCAGCACGGGAUAGAGGAUCUGAAGAGGACGCUGAAUAAGGACCUCGCAGAAGGAAACGCGUCUCUGUGGCUGUUUCUCCUCGCCUGUAGGCCGACAGGCUCCACUAUCCCAGCUGAUGACUGUCCCUGAGGUUUUUGGACUGCAGGGCUGAGCGGGAGGCCUGUGAUUUCGCUGAGGGGGGAGUCCCUGCGUGUAUGUUGGUCACUUGCAGUUGCACACGCUCACAAGGACCAUGUGGUUUUCCCCAAGGAGAAGUCGCCUCCCCUUGCAGAACUGGCACGGUGCCCACAGUUGCGCCGAUUUCAGCGUGUCCUUGUGGGUGUUAAGCUUUUGUUGGUGCUUUGCGGCCGUCAGAGGUCAGAACUACCACCCCACUGUGAAUACACAGUACGGGAAACUCCGAGGGGUGAGGGUGCCCCUUCCUAGUGAGAUUCUAGGCCCGGUGGAUCAGUAUCUCGGGGUUCCUUAUGCCGCCUCCCCGGUGGGAGAGAAACGCUUCAUGCCCCCUGAGCCUCCGUCUUCCUGGUCGGGGAUCAAGAAUGCCACUCACUUUGCUCCCGUGUGCCCGCAAAACAUUCACAACGCUGUGCCAGAGAUCAUGAUGCCAAUAUGGUUCACCUUCAACCUGGAUAUAGUUACCACAUACAUUCAGGAUCAACACGAGGAUUGUCUUUAUCUAAACAUCUAUGUUCCCACUGAGGAUGACAUACGAGACACCGGGGCCAAGCCUGUGAUGGUCUACAUCCACGGAGGAUCCUACAUGGAGGGGACAGGCAACAUGAUUGAUGGAAGUGUUCUGGCAAGCUAUGGAAAUGUCAUCGUUAUCACUCUCAACUACCGCGUCGGCGUCCUCGGUUUCCUCAGUACCGGUGACCAGGCUGCUAAAGGGAACUACGGACUCCUGGACCAGAUCCAAGCUCUGAGGUGGAUCAGCGAGAACAUCGGCUUCUUCGGAGGGGACUCAAACCGCAUCACUGUGUUUGGUUCUGGGAUUGGAGCUUCCUGUGUCAGCCUGCUCACUCUCUCACACCACUCUGAAGGUCUCUUCCACAGAGCCAUCAUUCAGAGCGGCUCAGCCCUCUCUAGCUGGGCAGUGAACUACCAGCCGGUCAAGUACACACGUUUGCUGGCGGAGAAGGUGGGCUGUAACGUCCUGGACACGUUGGACAUGGUGGACUGUCUGAGGAAGAAGAGCUCCAGGGAGCUGGUGGAGCAGGACAUCCAGCCAGCGAGGUACCACGUGGCCUUUGGACCUGUGAUCGACGGUGAUGUCAUCCCUGAUGACCCUGAGAUCCUAAUGGAACAGGGUGAAUUCCUCAACUACGACAUCAUGCUGGGGGUGAACCAGGGCGAGGGGCUGCGCUUUGUGGAGAACGUAGUGGACUCGGAGGAUGGCGUAUCUGGGAAUGACUUUGACUUCUCUGUGUCAGACUUUGUGGAUAGUCUGUACGGGUACCCAGAGGGGAAGGACACACUGAGGGAGACCAUUAAGUUUAUGUACACAGACUGGGCAGACAGAGACAAUCCAGAGACCAGGCGUAAAACGCUGGUGGCUCUGUUUACAGACCACCAGUGGGUGGAGCCGUCUGUGGUGACGGCUGAUCUCCACGCUCGUUACGGCUCACCUACAUACUUCUACGCCUUCUACCACCACUGCCAAAGCCUGAUGAAGCCGGCCUGGUCAGACGCUGCCCACGGGGACGAGGUGCCCUAUGUUUUUGGAAUUCCUAUGAUCGGUCCCACCGACCUUUUCCCCUGUAACUUCUCCAAGAACGACGUCAUGCUCAGUGCUGUGGUCAUGACCUACUGGACAAACUUCGCCAAAACUGGUGAUCCCAACAAACCAGUUCCCCAAGACACAAAGUUCAUCCACACCAAGGCGAACCGCUUUGAGGAGGUGGCCUGGUCCAAGUACAACCCGCAGGACCAACUGUACCUGCACAUCGGCCUGAAGCCAAGAGUGAGAGACCACUACCGUGCCACCAAAGUGGCCUUCUGGAAACACCUAGUGCCCCACCUGUACAACCUCCACGACAUGUUCCACUACACCUCCACCACCACCAAAGUGCCCCCGCCGGAGACCACACAGAACACCCUGUCCACCAAGAGGCCCAACGGGAAAACCAACUGGCCAUUCAACACCAAGCGGCCCCCGAUGUCGCCGGCGUACAACAGCGAGGACAAGGACUCAUGGAACGAUGAUGAGGAGACCGGGCCACUGGUGGUGGAGAACCCACGGGAUUACUCCACAGAGCUCAGUGUCACUAUCGCUGUGGGAGCUUCGCUACUAUUUCUCAAUGUGCUGGCCUUUGCUGCACUCUACUACCGUAAAGACAAGCGGCGGCAGGACUCCGGGCAUGGCCAGCCAAGCCCACAGCGCCAGACCACAUCCAACGACAUCGGCCAUCAUGCGCCCGAAGAGGAGAUCAUGUCACUGCAGAUGAACCAGACACACCACGAGUGUGAGGCGGGGAACAGCAAUGAGGGGGCUCUGCGUUUAGCCUCACUGCCCGACUACACACUCACACUGCGGCGCUCACCAGACGACAUACCCCUCAUGACCCCCAACACCAUCACCAUGAUCCCCAAUUCUCUAGUGGGCAUGCCCAACCUGCACCCCUACAACACUUUCACAACCGGCUUCAACUCCACCGGCCUGCCGCACUCCCACUCAACCACCCGCGUAUAGCUUUAAGGAGGCCAGGGGCCAGCCAGCGCAGGCGGGGGAGGAGGAGCGGGAGGAUGAACGAACGGAGGAGAGGAUUGUGUUUUAUAAAUAUCACAGGGAGGGGGAGGGCCACAGGGGGAGGGGAGGGGAAGGGCAUGAGUCGGAUUAAAACGUGAAGAGAUUUAACUAGACUUUUACUACGAGGAGAGUUGCUGAGAGCUCUCUAUGGAUGUCAAGUUGUGCAGAGCUGCCAAAAUCAAACUGCUUCCCUUCUCCUUAUCAGGGGAGGGGGUCUUUCUGCAGUGUUCUUUUCUAAAGUAAUCAUUUUAAAAGCCUUUUUAAGCAGACUGAGGAGAUAUCAACACUUUUUUUCUUGAAUUCAUAACAAAAACAAAGAGAAGUGCUUUUUAUUUCCCAUCCCUUCCUCCUGCGGGAGACACAUCUCGAACAAUGGCCUCUACGUCAAUAUUCGCAAAAUGUUUUUAAUUGCUUCUUUGUUUUGUUUUACGUUUCAAUGCCUUACAAAGCUUGUUCUUUUUUGUCAUGAUUUCUAUUCCCUGAGACUAUUCCAAGUGGAGUUUGUUACAAGCAGAUGAGACUCAAAGAUGAGAGACUGAAACCAGGAAGGGAACCUAGAGGAUAUGCAGAUGUAGAGAUUUUUAAACCCAUUUUGGGCAACUCAUUUUUUUCUUUCUGUUGCGUACCAACACAACAGCAACACAAAUGGUGUUAUCUUUUUUUUUUUUAUCUCGUAUAGAAUAAUUUGUCUGGGACAGCUCUUGCCAGGAGAUGAGACGGCAGAGAUAAAUACUAUGUUACUGUGAUUGUUUUGUUAAGAAAAAAGUGCAUCUUUUACAGCCAAUUUCUCUGUUAAGCUAUCUGAUAUUAUCUCCACAAAGUGUGCACGUACACAUGCUGCUUAGAGCACCAGUGUGUUUGUGUGCAUGAGAAAAUGAUUUCCAGUUCCCCGUGUGCAAGAGUGGCGAAGAGGCUGAGAUAAAGGAAGAGACACAUUGUCGGAACUUGCAAAAGCAAGAGCGGUGAGUGAGUGAGACUGUAUGUGUGAGAGAGUACAUGAGAAAGUGUGUGUAUGCCUGAGUGUGUGUGUAUGAAUGUGUGUGUGUCCGUGCACCUGUUUUUUUGUUUGUAGGUUGUAUAAUGUGGUUUCAGGAGGGUUGGGAGCUGAGUACUUUCUCAUGUUGUUGAUUUUGGUUCACCACCAGUAGUGUUUCUGCUGCGUCUCUGGGUGUCUGUCUUUGCAAAAUAGCACUUUUGUUAUUUUCAAAGUUAUAUAUGUCUAAUUUUGCUUAAAGAUUACAAAAUAAAAAUCUAUUAUUUUGCGUGUAAGAGAAAAAAAUAGCUAAAGAUUCAACUGAACUAACUGACAUGAUUCCAUUGACUUUGUAAGAGUUCCUCCUCAAAAGCAGACAGUGGCCUGUUUGCACUGAUAAACCUACAUCAGUGCACACUUGUAUUUCUUUGAAUAUAUAUAUAAAUAUGGGCAUACAUACAUAUAUGUAUAGGGCUUCUAUGGAGAUAUCAUUACCACUAAAAAAUAAAUAUUUAAACGCUCUUCAGACCACGAAAACACAGAAUUAAAUACUGUGUAAUGUUAUCAUUUGAAACAUGCAGCCAAGAACGCCCCUGGUGUCUUUGUAAGAGCUCUAUAUGUAUAUUUAUGUAUAAAAUAUUUAAUAUUUAUUUAUGUAUACCAGAUGCAUACAUGCUGAUUGUGCCAUGUGCCAAAUUAAAACUGUAAAAAAUUAAGAAUAUAAAGUUUCACAAAACUUUUUUUUCUCUCUUGAUCAAAGUUCUUUUCCACCCCUUUAUGACUUUCUAUUAUUUCCAUUUUGAAUGACUU